AUGGAGGCAGCAAAGCAAAAGUUCCAGGAAGCCGUGGCAAAGACCCAAGCACCAGGAGACGCAAAGGGACCCCCGGGAGGAGAAAUGAGGGUAGCGCAACCAUCUAAGAACGACGCCUCUAUCAGCAAUACUUUCACAACGCCAGACAGCACAGCAAAUUCGAAGCCUGCGGAGGACAAGCACAAGGGGACAGGCAGCAACGCACAUUUCGGGACGAGCUUCUUCAAGCCCGGAAGCGCAACCUAG